AUGCAUACAGAAACAACUACGAUAAUACCCGAUAAUGACGAACAAACAUCAACAUCGUUUGCUGAUUUAUAUAAUCUCUAUGAGAUUAUUGGAAAAGGGCCAUUCAGUGUAGUUCGUCGUUGUACAAAUAAGACAGGUGAUAAACAAUAUGCUGUUAAAAUUAUUGAUGUUGAACAAUUUACAGCAACACCAGGAUUUUCUGCGGAUGAUUUACGACGUGAAGCAAGUAUUUGUUCAAGUCUUAAACAUCCACAUAUCGUUGAAUUAUAUGAAACAUUUGAAUCAGAAGGUUGUCUUUUUAUGGUUUUUGAAUACAUGGAUGGAUCGGAUUUAUGCUUUGAAAUUGAAAAACGUGCUCUUGCCGGUUUUGUAUACAGCGAGGCUGUAGCUAGUCACUAUAUGCGUCAAAUAUUUGAAGCUAUUCGAUACAUUCAUGAUCGUAGUAUAAUUCAUCGCGAUUUAAAACCUCAUUGUGUAUUAUUAUCAUCAAAAGAAAAUGCUGCACCAGUUAAAUUAGGUGGUUUUGGUGUAGCUUUACAAUUACCUGAAUCUGGUUUAAUACAAGGUGGUCGUAUUGGUACACCAGCAUUUAUGGCGCCUGAAGUUGUUAAUAAAGAAUCACCAGGUUUCGGUCGUCCAGUUGAUAUGUGGGCAUUAGGUGUUAUGUUAUACGUACUUUUAACUGGUACAUUACCAUUUGCUGGUACAAGAAAUCGAGUUUUUGAAAUGAUUACAAAAGGUGUUUAUAGCAUGCAAAGCAAACAAUGGGAACAUAUAUCUGAAUCUGCUAAAGAUCUUGUCACUCGAUUAUUAUGUUUAAAUCAAAAUGAACGAAUAACUAUUAAAGAAGCACUUGCACAUCCAUGGAUUCGAGAACGUGAAAAAUUUGCACUGAGAAAACAUUUACCUGAUACUGUUGAAGAAUUACGGAAAUUCAAUGCUCGUCGUAAAUUAAAGGGUGUAGUAUUAGCAGCUGUAUCAAGUCCUCGUUGGUCACAAAUACCAAUUUAUUUACCAAUGACAACAACAAAUCUAUUGCCAGGUGUACCACGAGAUUUAUCACCGACAAUAAGUCAAAACGAUUUUGAUGAUAUGGCAUCAUCUGCUGUUUCACAAAUACUCGAUUCAUUAGAAGAUACUCAAUGGUUAACAAUUGGUGAUCGUGUUGAACUUGAGUUUUUACAAAAAUUAUUCGAAGAUAAACAAUUACAAACUUUACUUGAAUUAUAUGAUCGUAUUAAUUCAGACGAAGUUCGUCCAUAUAAUCCUCCUGAUUCAAAUGCUGUACAAACUGUUUCUAAUAUUAUCACAUUAAUUGAACAAGGGACUUAUCCAGAUAAAUCAACAAAUUCUCAUGAUCUUCUUGAAAUUUUACUUGAACCACAUUUACAAGUAAUUGGAUCUAGUUUGUUGGCAAGAAGUAUGCUUCUUGUUAUUAUUGUUAUUGAUACAAAUUGUGCCAUCAUUGUCUCUAUUAUUUCUUUUACAAUGGAUGAGCACAGUUUACGCAUCUAUUGUGUACUUGAACAUAUGAAACAAGCUCUUUUACAAGCACAUGAUGUUGUGGCACAAGAAGUCUAUGGUGAUGAUGCGAUACGUAUUACACCACAAUUUCUUAAUAAUAAUAAUACAUUAGCAUCAGAACCUGGUCUUGAUAAUGAUUAUGGUAGUCAUAAUGAUGCUGGACCACAUGAAGUUAGUGGUAAUGGAAUAAAUGAUACAACAUGUGAUGUAACACGCGUACGACUCGUUCAAUUUCAACGUAAUACAGAUGAACCAUUGGGAAUAACACUUCGUAUGACAGAAAAUAAACGAUGUAUUGUAUCUCGUAUUCUUAAUGGUGGAAUGAUACAUCGACAGGGAACAUUACAUGUUGGUGAUGAAAUUAAAGAAAUCAAUGGACAAACAGUUUCAAAUCAUCCUAUUCAAUAUUUACAACAAAUGCUGAAAGAUGCUCGUGGGAGUAUCACAUUUAAAAUUGUGCCUAGUUAUCGAAGUCAACCACCACCUUGUGAUAUUUAUGUAAAAACUCUAUUUAACUAUGAUCCUAAAGAUGAUGAUUUGAUACCAAGUGCUCAAGCAGGUAUUAAAUUUUCAAUUGGAGAUAUAUUACAAAUAAUAUCAAAAGAUGAUCAUAAUUGGUGGCAAGCAAAAAAAAUUAUUUCACAUCAUAAUACUGAUGAACAAACUAUCAACCAUUAUCAUGGUGACUAUAAUAAUUCACCGGCCGGUCUAAUACCAUCACCAGAAUUACAAGAAUGGAGAAUAGCAACGAAUGCUAUUGAAAAAGCGAAGGAUGGAAGUGCUAACUGCGGCGUUUUUGGUCGAAAACGCAAAGUAAUGAAAGAUAAAUAUUUAGCAAAACAUAAUGCUGUAUUUGAUCAGCUUGAUCUGGUUACAUAUGAAGAAGUUAUUCGAUUACCUGAAUUUCGUCGAAAAACACUUGUUUUACUUGGUGCACAUGGUGUUGGUCGUCGUCAUAUAAAAAAUACUUUGAUAACUAGUCAACCUAAACAUUUUGCUUAUCCAAUUCCUCACACAACAAGAUUACCGAAAAAAGAAGAAGAAAAUGGAAAAAAUUAUUAUUUUGUAACACAUGAAGAAAUGAUGCGUGAUAUAGCUAAUAAUGAAUAUUUAGAAUAUGGUACACAUGAAGAUGCAAUGUAUGGUACAAAACUUGAAACAAUACGUAAUAUUAAUCGACAAGGUCUUAUGGGCAUACUUGAUGUUGAACCACAAGCAUUAAAAGUUUUACGUACAGCAGAAUUUGCACCUUAUGUUGUUUUUAUUGCUGCACCAGAUCUUUCACAAAUCAAAGGAGUUAAUGAUGAUAGUUUAGAAAGAUUAGUAAAAGAAAGUGAACUUCUUCAACAAGCAUACGGACAUUAUUUUGAUUAUAUUAUUGUUAAUAAUGAUAUUGAAGAAACGAUACGAACAUUACAACAUGCUAUCGAACGAGUCAGCGUACAAGCACAAUGGGUACCUGUUAGUUGGGUGUAUUAA